UAAUAGAUAUUUUACUUUCGCUUUAGAACAGAAAGUUGGAUAAUCUUCACUUUGGGAGAAGCCGUGCAUUUAUGAAAAACUGUAAAGAAUGGCUGCAGCUACUUCUAGAGCAAUUUUUAAACCAAUCAAAGCCAAGGAGAAAUAUCACGCAUGCAUUUCGUACCACAAGACGGACAAGGAAACAGUGAAAAAACAUAUUGUAAAGGAAUUGAAAAAACUCAAUUUCGAAAUAGAAGAUGUAAGUUGUGGUAGCGAAACCAUAGAUGACUUUCCUAAAAGUUUGAAGGAAUCAGACGCUUGGAUAGAGGUUUUAACAGAUGGGUACAAAGAUUGUAGAUGUUGUGAGUCCCGCUACAUCACAUUUACGGAAACAAGACAGAAAACCAAAACAAAAGAACUGCAGAAACUCAUACAGAUCCCGCAAGAUGGGGACAGACAGAAGAUUUUGCUGCGUGUGCACAGUGAUUACUCAGCUGAUAUUGAUGCCUUUAGGGGACUAGAAUCCUCCUGGUUGGACGAUCUACAGCGGGCCAUAGUCACCCGAUUCCACGUCUUCUUGUCAUACCAUAAAUCUAAUGAAAAAUUAGCGGAAGAAAUCAUGAAAUGGUUAACAGAAAGAGACUACUUAGUUACCCACAGGAGGAAGUUUCUGUCUGCAAAUGAUGCCAAAAAGAAAGCUGUGAAUGAGAAAAUGUCCGACAAAAUAAUAACAUUAUUUUCAGAUCUGUAUAUGGAAAAUCGUGGAGACCUUGAUUUGGUUAUGCCUAUCGUGAGAGACAGAGGGCAGGAAGGAUGGAUCCCAGUGGUGAUUGAAUGGAGCAAUGCAAUCAACCAGUUCCUAGACUACCAUCCAAAGGUCAUACUAGUGAUGUCUGCAGACAAACGUGGGUUAAAGGAAACAGAAAAAUGGGAAAAGGGAAUGGAAAAAUUACAGAAAGGCAUUGAUAAUCCAGAGGGCUUGCCUUCUGAUUGUGGAACAGCGAGACAAGAUGGUCCUCCUGGUAUACUUGCUUACCAGAGUAUCAAGAGUGUGGUUCACUCUGUUGGCAAAAUUCGAGUUGAGAAUCCUCAUUAUAUUGAGCAUGGAACAGGAUUUUGUGUAGGGAAAAAGGAAACUCCAGAAAAGCGUUAUGUCUUUACGGCAUAUCAUGUAAUUGGACAGAUGAUAGAUCGCAUGAUACUUUCCUUAGUGGAGAGAUGUGAAGAAGAUCAAGCAAAAAAACAGAAUCUGCUAGAAAAGAUUGGUUUUCGCAAGGAGGAAGUUGAAUAUGCCAACAAGGUGUACAACUACAGGCAAACAAAAGCAGGAGAGUUAAAGUUAGGAGACUACACUGAAAACGAAGAGAAGGUAGUCAAGAGGUGGGAAGGUUUGAGCAUUGACUUUCUCUGUGAGAAGGGCAAAAAAGAAAAUGUUCAUUUUGAGAGAAACAUUCCAUUCAUGAGCCAGGAGCAUGACGUUAUCCUAUUGAUGCUGAAGGCAUCAACUGGUUCCAACUUCCCAGAUCCCCUACAGCUUGACUUCCGUGGUAUUGACGAGUUCUGGCACCUGGUUGGAUGUAAAGCAGGACAGGACAUCACCAAUGUUGCUAUAGCAACGUGGUGUCCGGUUUUUAAAGGGCAUUCUUUUGAUGACUCCAACAUUUGGUGGUCACGUAGGAAAACUGACCAAAAACAACUUAAGGAUACAGAUCACCAAUUUUUCGACCUGGACGAUUUAGGUCAAGUACCUUUUAAGUGCACAGAGUUCUUUGAGAAUGGAUGUUCUGGUUCACCCUGUUGGCAUGUCGAUCCUUCUUGCUCUUCCAAAGAUGUUUAUGUUCAAGGGUUGUACCUUGGCUGCUUGCCUGAUGUGUACUUUACUAAACAAAAAGAAAAACCAGAAGCCUUGGCAUUUCGUCAUCGACCAGAGAGAGCACUGCCCAUGAAGAAAAUCUUUGAAAUCCUCAAUAAUUUAAAAUUGAGUGCCUUGAUCGACGAUCUUGGAUUCUACAAUCAACGUUGAACAUUGUGAGAUAUUUGCAUGCAUUGCCUAUUCAGGGAAUAGUUUUCUAUUUCGGUCAGGUUACGAAUGAGUAAACUGAAUACAUGUCAAAGCCAUCUAAAAUACAUUUACUUUUGCUUAACUAGAGUUAUCAUUUCGUUACCUUACCAAAACAGAAAGCUAUUCCAGUUGAGCACGUCAUCUCACCUCAUAACCUGACCACAAUAAAACGUUCACUUUUAUCUACGGUACUUUUUCCGUGUAUAUAUAACUAUUGAUAUGUCUUGUCGGAAGGUACGCAUUUCAUUUUCAAAAAAAUACUAACGUGUGAUUGGUUUAAUACAAGUACAAUCCUGAAAUUUGCAUAAGCACUGGUAAAAUCCGCCCACAUCUACAGCUGUUGAAAUCAACAAAUCGCAGAAAAUUUGCAUAUUUCCGCCCACAAGUAUUGUCGAAGUCAUGGAAAUGUAUUGUUUACUGAGUGAGUGUCACCAUAGACUAUAAUCAUUAUGUAACAGCCUCAUUGUGAAAGUGCACACAUACACAGAGUAAGGUUCCUAGCACUUUCUGCUACUUUUGAAGCUGUUCUUCAGUAAGAAGAAGCCCAUUUAUUCAUGGUAACAUCACAACAAAAUAUAAUGAUGAUGUCAAAAGAAUGAAAAUGAAAUAUGAUAACAUUGACGUCAUUAUACGAAUAGACUUAUACCAGCCGUUACAUCCCUAAUCUGGGUAACGUGCUACAUGCUAUAAAACAUUGACUAAGUCACUUCAUAACUGACACGGUGGCGUAACCAACUUUGAAAAGGCAAGACAUAUAUUUAACAAUAUUUGCAAUGGAAAUAAGUGUUUCAAUACAAUAUUAACAUUCAAAACAACUGAAUUUCAGUAAUCUUUUCCAUAAUCUGUAAGCAAUUUGUGUGAAGUAAAUAUUUUGUGUAACUGUAACACAUUGAAACAGUAAUUUGAAAGUUGAUGCACUGUAAAACCCUGUACUUAAGUUCAGCUGGACAGAGACUCGAAAAUGGGUUUAGGAAUCUGUGUGAACAGGACAAAUUUAAGAUGUUUUAAAUUGUGGAUGAUAGCAUUAACAGUAUGUCUACCCACAGACUUAGAUCUGAUCUAAUGCCGUGGUUCACCUUACUGUUAGCAUUGCUACAGGUAACAACUACAGAAAAUAAUCUGAAAUGAAGUUCCUGAUUUAAUAUAAAAAAGAAAUUUAAAUGGCCAUAUUGUGCACAAAAAGUGAUUUGUUUUCUAAUUAAAUAAGUCUCCUAUCACGAUACUGAUGUAGUAUAUACCGAUACGUAUCCUUGCUCAAUGCGUAUACUUUAUAACCGUCACGUUGUCUGCAGUCGCCCAAAGAGAACGUUCAGGAUAUUCUUAGGCUACGGGUUAAGAAACGGCAAAAUCAGCCGUGUCAAAGUUUUAUUUUGUACACAAACAAUGUACGUAUUAAACUUGUCACAAUGUUUCAAGACCGACUGGUCCUUUCUGCAAGCUAUGACUAUCAAGCUCACUUUCUAUUUAUAGGCUAAACGUCCCGUGUCGUGUGACACAUAUGAAGUUAACAAUUGCGUUACAUCGUUGUACAGGUAAUAUAUACAAAUCGCUCACGUGGUCAGAGCUUCAGCAGUCGGUCUUGAAACGUAGUGCAUUGUUUGCGUAUAAUGUAAAACGUUGAUAGAAUAUAUCUGCAAACUUGUGAAUGUUAUCGAAGUUGUCAAAAUAAGUCGAAAUAAGCCGUCUAACUAGCAGAAGCUGACCAAAACUAUGGCCGAUGAAUUGGAUAACGCCACCACUCCCCGUAUCCGUCAGUUUACAUGUGACAUGUGACGACGUUGCAACGCUGUUAUCGGCACAAACAAUAGUUAUGUGCGGUACUAAACAGGCUCUUUAUUGCCUUUCCGUUAUCGUCAAUUCAGCGCGGCAUUUCCCCUGAUUUUUAACAUUUUAACAAACCAACAUUUCAAACAUCGUUACUAAGUUGAUAAUAAUUUUUUUUUUAAAAAAAGAGGAUAAACGUAUCUGAAUUAAAAAAAAAAGUGUUUACCUUACCUUUUGUUUUUUGCUGUGCAUAUCAUAAGUCGUUUUAAAUUCUGAACACCCCGCUAAUAAUUGUUUAGCAACGUUAAAGAAAGCAUAUAUUAAAGCACUAUUCUAUAACAACGUUUGUGGUUAAACCACUCCUCUAAGCCUACAUGUGAUCGUUACAGAGAGUAAAAUUGUACAUAUACUACUCAUGAAAUUCAUCUGCAAAUCCAUCUCCAGUGAUACAUUGUAUUAUUUAUACAGUGUAAAAUAAAAAGCAAUUUCUGAUGAUUAAUGCGUAAUGUUUUAAUGGAGAAUGAAAUGGUUCGAACAUAAAGUACAUAUUUUUAUAACUAGGUUCCCCUAACAACUGGCAACAGAUCUAAUGUCAAGGCUUCAGUGCCAAGAUUAUUUGAUAAACACUGUUCGUGAUGUGACAUACACAAUUACCCGAGCUAACACCAUCAUGUUUUUAUAAUCUUUGGUUUUUCAUUUGUAAAGCAGCGCACACAUUUUCUGUAUAGAAAUUCUAAUGUCAUUGAUUUUCUUACAUUGACAUAGCCGUUAUGCGUUGAUGUAGACCUUGCUGAUCGAUUACCCCUUUUUUGUACUGCACUCAUUUGAAAACGAGGUAAGAAAUGCAUGACCUUUAAGAAGGAACUUAUUAUUGUUAAAACGUACAGAAUUGUAAAAAUUUGAAAUUCUGAUGAGUCCUCGAUACUGUUAGAGCUGCAUAAUUCUGAGGCAAAGACAUUGAUACUCAACAUGGCGUUGUGAAACUAGCUAAUGAGUGAUAAUGUUUGCGCUAAUCAUUUUCCGAUCAAGUGGAUUAACUCUUUCAAACAUAUUCAAUUACAAACAUUAAUCACAUGGAUUUGGCAUAAUCUUUGGCAAUUUAAUUGCUAGGUCCUAAAAUAACAAAUUCGCGGUGUAGUAACUGCAUUAACUGAACAUGUUCAAUGAAUCCGAGCAAUCGGAUGAUAAAGGAGUUUCACGACAUUCUGAAAAAGGCUGUAUCAGUGACGUCAAUACCAAAAAUGUUCGAGAAAAUCCUGCUACAAUAUGUUUCGCAUCCAAAAAAUCUAGAUACCUUAAGAUAUAAAGUAAUAGAAAACAUUUGCUUACAUUCCGAAACUAGGCCGAAAAACUGGCAAUUAUACCUAAUUUUUGAUAAGAAUAUAUCAAACUUAACGGCUAUGCAUUUCAGUACAGACUUAUUCUUUUUUAUACUGCACCCUCAGCAUUACAGAGUAUCUGAAGACUCAUGUCUGCUCGGCAGAGUCGGAAAAUUAAUACUAAAAAGGAUUCAUCACAGUAUCACUCGUUGACCUUGAAUACCACUGAUAGGUCUUAAAUGGACAAAAUUGCCAUAUAGAACAGUAAAAACAAAAUAUUCAAAACCUCAUGCCUAAAACAGAUUCUAGUUGACUCUACACAACAACCUUUGUCGUAUAUACAAUGAAUCCGGAUAGCCUACACAUACAGUAAACCCCCGCUAACUCGAGCUUGUAGGGUCCUGAUCAUUAGUUCGAGGAAUCCAUGGUAUUCGACGAAUCCGAGGUUCGACCGACAUCGUUAUUUUUUUCAUCAGAUGAACAACAGAAAGUACGAGUACUGCAAAUAUCGCAGAUAGUAGAUGAUAAAAAAAAAAGUUUAAUCAAGAUGA